AUGUUUCUUCGAUCAUCAUCGUCAUCAUUGAGAAUUAUUGCAUCAGUUCCAUAUUAUUUUCGUUCGGCUAAUAGUAUAAGAUCAUGUUCUCUGUUGAGUAAUUCAAAUGAUAAUUCGCAUUUUUUAUCUUCUUCAACAUGUUUAUCACAACCACAACGAACAUUUAUGUUUUGGCGUGCAAAUGUUAAUCGAGAAUUAUAUGGUACACCAAAUAAAGCAUUAGCAACAAAGAAACGUCAACGUUUGAAAAAAAGUUUUACACAAAUUAUUCGAGAAGGGCAAUUUUUGCGUUUAAUGAAAGAUGUUCUUUUACCUGAAUUGACUAGAUGGUGGAAAGAAAUGCAACCAUGGGAUAGAAGACAUGAAUUUUUUCAUAAUGAUUAUCUUGUCAUUCAUGAUUUUACGAAGAAUGAAGAAAUUAAAAAAUGGAAUGUACGAACAGAUCUUGAUGAAGGGGUAGGUGAAUCUACCGCUGAACUUGUACCAAGUGGACAAGGUUCAGUUCUAUUUCGUGGUAAUAUUUCAUCGAAAAUGGUUAAUCAAAAUACGUUAUAUAAUCAAAGUGGUUUUGCUAUUAUGUUCUCUGAACGUUUACGAGGAUCAUUUAUGAUGCCAGCUCAUCAAAAAGGUUGGACUUAUUUUACUCAUAUUCUCUUACGUAUUCGAGGUGAUGGAAGAUUCUAUGAAGUUCGAUUUCAUACGCCUGAUCACGAUCAUCAUCAUUAUGCUGAUAUGUAUUCAAUGGUACUAUACACACGUGGUGGUCCUUAUUGGUCAACAGCUAAAAUUCCUUUUUCACAAUUUUUCCGUAAUAAUAUGGGACGUAUUAGUGAUAAACAAUUUGCAUUUCAACCACUUACAUGUACACAAAUGUCUAUAUCUGUUCUUGAUGCUGCUGAUGGACCAUUUGAACUUGAAAUAGCAGAAAUUAGUUUAGUACGUGAUUUACGAUAUCAAUAUGAUAAAUUUUCUUAUGAACAGUAUACACUACCGCCUUAUACAACUGUUUAG